AUGGAGGUGGAGCAGGGGACCGGGGAGCAGCAGGAGCUGCAGGCUGGGGGGCAGCAGGAGCUGCAAACUGAGGGGCAGCAGCAGGCCGGGGGGCUGCAGGAUCUGGAAGGGGAGCUGGAGGGGCCACAAGAGGAGCUGCCGGUGGGCGUGCAUGACGGGAGUCAAACAGGGAAUCAGCCCCAGCUGCAGGCAGGGGGGCAGCAAGGGCGUCAUGAGGGGAACCAGCCCUUGCCUGGAAGCGUACAACAGGGGUUGCCGAUGAGUGAGUCGCAGGAGUCGCAGGCGCAGGGUCAGCAGGGGGUCACGAGCCCGGGUGGCACAGGCCAAGCGGAACGGCCGCGGGCACGGCGCCGAAGGGGGCGACGACAGGGAGGGCAGAGGGCUGGGGGCCAGCCGGGGGUGACAGGAGCACCCGAGGGAGUGCAGCAGCCAGGGGGGCAGUCGGGGGCGACCGGAGCACCCGAGGGAGUGCAGCAGCCAGGGGGGCAGCCGGGGGCGACCGGAGCACCCGAGGGAGUGCAGCAGCCAGGGGGGCAGCCGGAGGCGACCGGAGCACCCGAAGGAGUGCAGCAGCCAGGGGGGCAGCCGGGGGCGACCGGAGCACCCGAGGGAGUGCAGCAGCCAGGGGGCCAGCCGGGGGCGACCGGAGCACCCGACGGAGUGCAGCAGCCAGGGGGGCAGUCGGGGGCGACCGGAGCACCCGAGGGAGUGCAGCAGCCAGGGGGGCAGCCGGGGGCGACCGGAGCACCCGAGGGAGUGCAGCAGCCAGGGGGGCAGCCGGAGGCGACCGGAGCACCCGAGGGAGUGCAGCAGCCAGGGGGGCAGCUGGGGGCGACCGGAGCACCCGAGGGAGGGCAGCAGCCAGGGGAGCAGCCGGGGAUGACCGGAGCACCCGAGGGAGCGCAGCAGUCUGGAGGGCAGUUGAUGGACGACCAGGGGCAGCAGUGGGAGGAGUGGUGCCGACUGUUGGAGUUUGAUACCCCCAUGGCGAUUGCGGAGGAGUCGGAGGCGGACGGAGAGCCUCCCAGGCCGCCUUCGCCAUGCCCCCGUUUUCCGUGUGACACGUGUUUUCACACGUUCGCUACGCGAGGGGCCGCCGCGAACCACAUGAGGGUCUGCCGGGCAGCUGAGGUGGAGAGGCGCGCGCAGGCUCUCGGCUCGAUCCCGUCUCUGGUGGAGACCGACACGCAGGAGCGACCGACGCCGCGGAAAUUUGGGGACGAGGUGUGGGUCGGGGUUACGUCAUGGGAAUGGGAAGCAUUUUUCAGUGUGGAGGCAGUUGGAGGGAGGACAGUGCCCCGGAUCCCACAGCGGGCUCGGUCGGGGGUUUUAGACGCGCUCUAUUGCAUCUUAAAGCGUUUGAAGAGCCGACCGGGGGAUGAAGCCGCUACCCUCCUACUCUUGGCGUUUCCGCGCCUCAUCCUAGCGGUGCCUCCCAAGCCAGGCAUAGCUGUUCGACUCUGCCAUGGUAGCGGCGCGGCCAGCAGUUCGCCCACUUGCCUACACUUGCUCUGA